UCGGCCAUUUUGUUGGUGACGCGCAGUUCGGAGGUCGUGGGCUCCGCCAGUGACGAAGCCACUGGAGUUUUGACGUGGCUGCUACGUACCUGCCCGUUUGCCCACUCCGAUUGCAGCAAAGUCGGUGACGAGAAAUACGUAACUGGGCUCGCGGUCCUCGGGCUAUGGAAAGCAUGGUCGAGGAAAACGGAUCUGCUGUGGACCCACUGUCGCAGGGAUCUCAAAGCGGUGAAACAGCGCCGACCAUCGUAACAUCGGUGCAAUCGGUUAUACAACCCAAUCAACAGUCGGUCAUUCAAACGGCAACAAAUAUUCAUCCUGUGGCUAUUUCGAAAGGAAAUGUCAUUCUUGUUAGCAAACCAAAUUCGGUCAUUCAAACGGCUCAAGGAAGCCUACAGACGCUACAAGUUGUUGAGACGGCCAGCGAUGACAGCUAUUCGGAUGAUGAAUCUCCAAAGAAACGAAGAGAUAUUUUAUCAAGGAGACCUUCGUAUAGAAAAAUCUUAAAUGAUUUAGGUGGUGGAGAAAUUGCAGAGGGUCGUUUGCCUCCCCUUGAAUCCUCUUCUGAAUGUGACUCUAAUGUGGAUAGCGAAGUAUCUUCCCAUUCGCUUCAAUACCAAACAGUUAUACCUGCAGGAGCUAUCCAAAUAGCAACUCAAGGAGAAGGUGUUCCAGGAUUACACACAUUAAGUAUGAGUAAUUCGGCAACAGCUGGUGGUACAAUUGUACAGUAUGCCCAAGGUCAAGAUGCGCAAUUUUUUGUACCAGCAAGCACAGGUCAUGGUGUAGUGGUUGAAGACGCAGCUAGAAAACGGGAAAUGAGGCUUCUGAAGAAUAGGGAAGCAGCGCGCGAAUGUAGAAGAAAAAAGAAAGAAUAUAUAAAGUGUUUAGAAAAUCGUGUGGCAGUGUUGGAAAAUAGAAAUCAAACUUUGAUCGAUGAACUGAAAUCUUUGAAGGAAUUAUACCAACAGAAAACUGACUGAGGUUGGUAUUUGACGUUUAGGUACUCUAUCAACAUUAACUCAUUAUUAAAUAAUGAAUCUGCACAUUCAUCGAUCAUGUACAUUAUUAUUGACGUUCUUACGCAAAAAAAGUUAAUGUACAUGUACUCAUUCAGACAGGUGUUUCUUGUAACAUAUUGUAUUUAUGUACGAUUACAAAGGCUUGUGAAACUUGCUGUUACUAAAGCGAGAAGCCAAAGCUUACACAUAAUGCAGAGAAAGUAGUUAUUUGCAAUUGAAAAACACUUUUUUUUUGGUUUCCUUUUAUGUACAAACGAAAAUCGUUCACGAAAUGAACUGUUGACAAUUAAAGUGUAAGAUGUAUCUUCUUAAUGUGUGACGUAAAGUGUCUUGAAUUGUGAAUUGAGAUAUUCUAUUGCUCUGCCAUAUGCAUACGACUUAAGAUGUUAAAUUUGUGUGAAUGAAACCAAAAUAUGUACUACUUCAAAGUUAGUAUUGGAAGAAUGAUAUCAUCGAAACAGUUAUAUUUUAUUUAGCGGUAAAUAAUUACUGAGUGCAUCAUUAAGAUUUUGUCACUCUAAACAUAUAAUGUGUUGCAUUAAUUAAUGACAAAUUCAUCAAACGUUAUUAACUGAGUGUUACACAUUUGUAAAAUACAGAUGUAAUAUAAAUUUGGAGUGCCUUUGCAGAUAGAGAAUAUAAAUACAU